AUGAAAGCUGUUGAAACCAUCCCUUACACCUUAUACAAGGGAACAUUUAUUGACACUCCUGAAUUAGGAGAACUCAGAAUCAGAUUUAACUGUCUUGUUGGUGUGAAUCAACAAGGGGUUAUAGAUUUUAUUAAAGAACAAGAUCAAAUUACUGCCAAAUAUGACUGGAAACAAUAUACUGGAAGGUAUAAACAUGAAAAGGAACGAGAAGCCGAUAUUCAAAUGUUCUUAGAUAACCAUGGAAGGGAAAAUUAUUUCAAUUAUAUCAAAAUUGAGGAUAAUAAGUUUAUCUUCCCAGGGUUCAUUGACACCCAUAUUCAUUCAUCACAAUAUCCAAAUGUUGGGAUUGGUCUUAAUAUCCAAUUAUUGGAUUGGCUUAAAAUUUACACUUUCCCAUUGGAAAACAGUUUUAAGAUGGAUAAUCUUCAGUUAGUUAAUGAUAUCUAUACCAAAAUCAUCAAGAAGACUUUAGGUUGUGGAACAACCUGUGCGUCAUAUUUUACUACGAUUGAUAACGAAACAUCGAAGAUCUUUGGGGAUCUUUUGUUAUCAUUCGGACAAAGAGGAUUUGUAGGUAAAGUGUGUAUGAAUCAUAAUGAUGAUUAUCCUGAAUAUCAACAAGAAGAGAAACAUUGUGUUGAAGAUAUUAAGCAUUUAAAACAAUACUUUGAUAGUAAAAACCCCGAUAAUGAGGAUUUGGUAAAACCUAUAAUCACCCCACGAUUCGCCCCCGUAUGUUCUCGGAGCUUACUUACCAAAUUGGGAAAAUUGUCUCAAGAUGAAAAAUUACCUAUUCAAACCCAUAUCAGUGAAAAUAAGGGAGAAAUCGAUUUAGUGAAGAAAUUAUUUCCAGAAUGUUCUAAUUAUGCUAAUGUUUAUGAUAAUCAUAAUUUAUUACAAGAGUCAACAAUCUUAGCUCAUGCUAUUCAUUUGAGUAAAGAAGAAUGUAAAUUGAUCAAAGAAAAAAACUGUUCAAUUUCCCAUUGUCCAACUUCAAACACUUUUAUUGCCAGUGGUGAAGCUCCAGUGAAGAAAUAUUUAUAUCAUGAUAAAAUUAAUGUUUCUUUAGGAACAGAUAUUUCUGGAGGUUGGGAUCCUUCAAUUUUAUCUAUUAUAAGACAAUCGAUCUUAGUUUCUCAUCAUUUAUCGAUGAAACUGGGUAACAACUUUGAUAAAUUAUCAUUAAAUGAUGGUCUCUUUAUGUCAACUCAAGGUGGUGCUAUAGCUGUGGGAUUACAAGAAACUAUUGGAACUUUUGAUAUAGGUAAAAGAUUUGAUUCUCAAGUAAUUGACUUACAAACCGGGAAUUUGGAUUUAUUUCAUUGGCAAUUAGUCAAUGAUGACGAUAAUAAUGACGAUAAGAAAUUAAAGAUGUUGAAUUUAUUGAAUAAAUGGGUUUUCUGUGGUGAUGAUAGAAAUUGUAGUUCGGUGUUUGUUAAUGGAAGAAAAGUAGUUAGUAAAUAA